GCGCAUUGUUGCUGGAGCCCACGUUGUUUUAUUUAUUUAAUUAUUGAUUUGAGCUGUAAUUUAUUACAUUUAAUUGUAACACAUUUUAUCCUACACGAUGGCCAAAAAAGGUAAAAUGAAGAUCAGCAAAGUGAAGAGGAACAAUCAUACGACGAACAAGAUGAGAAAGCAAGGGACGCUGAGGCUCCAAAGGCACAGAGCGAAGGUACAGAAGCAGAAGCAACCUCAGCAGAGUCAGGAGGUGGAGUACAGCAGUGAGAGUGAUUCCGCGUCUGGUGAGGAGUGGGCUGACAUGCUGGACGCUGACGAACAGCAGUACAUCAUGCAGCGGCUGGCCACGCAGCCUUCGCUGCUGUCCAAUGUGCCUGAGAAGGAGCAAGUGCAGAGGUCCAAGAAACGUAAAAGAGAAGACAAGGGCAAGGUGCCCAAACGUCAGCAACAGAACAGCGACAGUGGGGCUGAGACUGACGAUGACUCGGACAGUGAACUGGAGGACAAGUACGAGAAAGAGUUGUCCGAGAACCCGGCCAAGAGAAUGAGGCCGCUGCUGCCCAUUAAGACUAAGCACGGCCUGUUGGAGAGGGCUGAAGAAGUUGAAGAUACGGAAUCAGAACAGGAGGAGUCCUAUCAAGAAGAAGAACCUUCUAAAGAGGAAGAGCAACCUCAGGAGUCCGAGUCAGACUCGGGCAUGGAGGGCACAGUGGAGGACAAUGAGGCUGGAGACGGUGAAACAAUCAGUGCCGUGCAGCUGCUAGCAGCAAGGAGAGACAAGCUGCAGCACGACAAACUGAGGAUAGGCGCUUUGUGCUCAUCUUUGUUGGAGAGUCCGGAGAACAAACUAAAGAACUUCUUCCCAAUCCUGUACUUAAUGGAAGAGCGACUAAAGGACAACACACUAAACUUGCAUUCAGUCCGCAAACUGGCCACUCUCUCGGCUUAUGAAGUGUUCAAGGACAUCUUACCAGACUAUAUGAUACGUCACCAAGAUUACUCUAAUAUCAAAUUGAAAAAAGACACAUUGGCGUUAUACAAAUAUGAAAAAGAAUUGGUUGAAUUCUACAAAAGAUAUCUGCAAAGGCUAGAGAAGGCAGCCAUGGUGUUACGGCGCAAGAAGGGAGACACAAAGAAACCCGAUGAACCCACAAUAAGCUUAGCCCUGGUCUCGCUCCGCUGCAUGUGUGGGAUGCUAGAAGCCCGGCCGCAGUUCAACUACGCAGCCAACAUAGCGCAGAGCGUAGUCCCUUACCUGGACUGCAGGGAGGACCAAGCAAGGGAGAUUGUGACGGAAUGCUGUAGGACUGUCUUUGGGGAAGACCAGAAGGGAGAGAUUACACUGGCUAUCGUCCGCCUCAUCAACCAGCUAGUGAAGCGCCGCGGCGAGCGCUUGCACCCGGCCGCUUUAGACUGCCUCCUAAGUCUCCGCAUACGAGACGUAGACAUGGACGCGGCCGCCGACCUUCAACACAAGAAGAAACAGGACAGCAAGCAUAAGAAGAGGAUCGUUAACUUGUCCAAGAAGGAGAAAAAGAGAGCAAAGAAGCUUAAGGAGGUAGAACGCGAGCUACUAGAGACGGAAGCUCAGGAGAGCGAGCUAGCUCGGCGCAAGCAGCUUACCGAGGUCACCAAGACGGUGUUCCACGUGUACUUCCGCCUGCUCAAGACGGCGCCGCGCUCGAGACUGUUGGCCGCCGCGCUCAGUGGACUCACCAAGUUCACGCACGUAAUCAACAUGGAGUACUACUCAGACCUGGUCGCCAUAUUGUCUCGGCUGGUGGAAGACGAGCUCAUUGGUCCCCGCGAGCGUCUGCUAUGCGUACGCACAGUGCUGGGUGUGUUAGCUGGGGCAGGAGACGCGCUAACAGUGGAUCCGGCCAAGUUCCACCAGCAUCUGUAUGCUAGCGCGAUUGGGGUGCAUGCGGGAGCCUCCCAAUCCGACGCGCGUAUAGUGCUGGAAGCAGUGUGGCAGAUAUGCUCGCGCGCGCGCCGCGUAUCGCCCGCGGUCUUACAAGCAUUCGCCAAGCGCCUGGCCACGCUUGCGGCACAGACCCAGCACCACGCGGCUUUGGCGGCGCUGGCGUUGCUGCAGCAGUUGGCUCAGCAAAGCAAAGCAGUAUCGAAUCUCCUGGAACCGGACUCAGAAGCAGGGUCCGGCCGCUUCGAGCCGCUGCUGCCAUCGCCGGAGCAUUGCAACGCGCACGCGGCCGCGCUACACGAACUCUGUGCUAUGCGGACGCAUUACCAUCUGGUUGUCAGGCAGCAAGCAGCGGCCUUGAUGCAGGCUGGGAAUGUUGCUGAGUUGAAUAAACUAUCUCCGUUGCAAAUAUUCGACGCGUACGACGGCUCGCAGAUGGCGUUCAAACCUGCGAUUCCUCCACCGAAGAGCGAUAAACCGAAAAGCAAAUCCGUUAACCAUGGACACACGUGGGUUCAAAACGACUUCAAAACUUUGUGCGAAAACGUCGAAAACAGCGUCGAUUUGGUCAUCAAGAACAGUAAUAGGUGAUCGAGAUGAAUAAAUAGGCUGUGUAAAUA